CUUCGACUUCGUCCGCUCUAUCCACCUUUUCGCGCGAUUGAUCUGUCCCUGGUGAUUGAUCUUAAGCUGGGGUAGGUCCGUGGAUGCUCUGUUCUUCAACUCGCAGCAUGAUUAAUGCGUUUCCGUUGAAGAGCUAAUGGAAUGUCCACCACUACUUCACCCCCCGGACAUUCGCCCUCCAACGGAGCGGCCGACCUCGAUCCCCUGGAUGCAGCCGACUACGACCCAAUCGACCACUUGAACUCGAUCUUUUCUCACCCCUCCACGCUGUCAUCGGUGUCCCAGGUCUCCGACUCGCUACAAAGCUACGAAGAUGAGCUCGACAACGACAUCGGCACGCUGGUCGAGGACCAGGUCAUCUCCAAUGCCGAGAGCGUCGAGCGCAUCCAGGCCGCCAAAGCGGAUCUCACCGAGCUGUUCAAGAAGAUCGACGACGUGCGCGACCGCGCCUCGAGGACGGAGCUGGCCAUUACGGAGAUGACGGCGGAUAUCAAGCAGCUGGACAAUGCGAAGAAGAACCUCACGCAGUCGAUGACCGCGCUCAAGAGAUUGCAGAUGCUGACGACGGCCUACGACCAGCUUCGCGUGCUGGGCAAGACGAGGCAGUACCGCGACUGCGCCCAGUUGCUGCAGGCAGUCAUUCAGCUGAUGGCGCACUUCAAGUCGUACCGGUCGAUCGAUCAGAUCGCGCUCCUCAGUCGGAAUGUGGCGGAUAUUCAGCGGGAACUGCUGGAGCAGAUCUGUGAGGAUUUCGAGCUGGCGUUUGCCAAGGGGGAGGUGGGACAGAGGAGAACCACCCUCGCCGAGGGCUGCCUGGUCAUGGAUGCGCUGGGCGACCAUGCGAAGUCCAGGCUGGUCACUUGGUACUGUAACUUCCAGCUCCGUGAAUACCGGCAGGUUUUCCGGAACAACGAGGAAGCCGGCUCGUUGGACAACAUAUCCCGGAGGUAUUCGUGGUUCAGGCGUAUCUUAAAGAUCUAUGAUGAGGAGUACGCGCCCAUCUUCCCGACAUCCUGGCGUGUCAACGAGAUACUAUCGAAUAUUUUCUGCGAGGGAACCCGGGAGGAUUUCAAGGGGAUUCUCUCCCGGUCGGUGCGAAACGGACAGGCGAUCGAUGUGAACCUCCUGCUGUCUUGCUUGCAGGAGACUCUCGAUUUUGAGCACUCGCUCGAAAAAAGGUUUGUCAGCUCGUCGCGGCCCUCCACAGAUACGUUUGCCUCGACGGAGACUUCGCUGUUCAGCCAAGCCAUUUCGGAAGCGUUUGAGCCCUACCUGAGUGUGUGGGUUGAAGCGCAGGACAAACAGCUUGCGGCGUUCAUACCGAAGUAUCGGCAGCAGCCUCUGCGGCCCCCAGACGAGGAGUUCGACUCCAAUAUUGUCAUCUCGUCUUCGACGGAACUUUUCACAUUCUACCGGCACUCACUGCAGCAAUGCGCGAAACUUUCGACUGGGGGCAGCCUUGCCGAUCUCGCGAAAGUCUUUGCGAAAUACCUGGACCAAUACGCCCAGCAGGUGCUUCUCUACUACAUUAGCGAGCGACCAACCGGCCACACUCCGUCAAAUGUCCCCUCUCUGGAGGACCUGAUCUCGGUUCUCAACACUGCGGAUUAUUGCUACACGACUUGCAACCAACUGGAGGAGAAGAUCAAAGGCCGGCUUGAUAAGAACCUGAAACAAACGGUGGACCUCCAAAGCCAGGCUGACUCGUUCAUGGGGAUCGCAUCAGCCGCUGUUCGAGGACUUGUGCGACAGGUCGAGGUCGAUCUGGAGCCCUGCUGGCGGGAGAUGCGCAACACUCCUUGGAAUCGGUUGGAGGCCGUCAGUGAUCAGAGUUCCUACGUUGGCGAGCUCCUGUCCAAGACGCAAACCCGGUCGUCGGAUAUCUUGCAGCACCUGCAUAAGCAGCAGUAUGCCAGGGCGUUCGCAGAUCAUGUCGUGGAGUUGAUAUCCAAUUUGUUCAUCACAACCGUAUCCCAAUGCAAGCCCAUCUCCGAGACAGGAGCCGAGCAGAUGCUUCUGGACGCAUAUACCCUCAAAACCGGCCUCUCCUCGCUCCUCCCCACCCCGGCUCCCGCCGGCUUCGUCAAGCGCGUCAACAACAGCUUCGCCAAGAUCGAGACGCUCCUCAAGACCGUCCAAGUCAACCCAUCUCCGCCCGAGGCUCUCGUGCAGGCCUACCUCAUCCACAUCGCAGACCGCAACAACGCCAACUUCCGCAAGAUCCUCGACCUCAAGGGCAUCCGCAGCCGCCAGGAGCAGAACCACCUCGUCGAGCUCUUCCAGGUCCACCGCGCCUCCGACCGCCACGCCCCCAACCUCCAGCAAAACAACCCCGUCCUCGCCGCCCUCCAGACCUCCAACGCCCCUACCUCCAGCUCCGUCUCGCAGGGCCUCGGCCUCGGUAACCUCAGCACCUCCGCCGCCGCCUCCAUCGGCGCCUCGAACCUCCCCACGCGCUUCGACCCCUCCAUGCUCGGCUCCGCCCUCAUCUCCGCGGCGAAAGACGGCGUUGACCGCUUCGGCACCCCCAUCGGUAACGCCACCAGCUCUGCCGCCGGCGUCGUCGGCUCCGGGUCCGCGGCCAUCGCCAACUCCGCCUCGGCCUCCUCGUCCACGACCCCGGGUCCCACGGGCCAGGGUCCGAACCAGACGGGAGAAAGUAGCGGCCCUUCAACCUCGGGGAAUCUGAACGAGAACCUGAAGAAUAUCGGCAAGUUCUUCCGUCGCGAUCUGGGUGGUUUUGGGGGUCGGUUUGGUCGCAGCGGUGAUGAUGGUUGAUCCGAGGAUUGAUUUACUGGCAUGGCUUUUUCCUUCCUGCGUGGAAGUUACACAUUCACCUACCUACCUACCGACCUGCUUACUACUUACUUCUAUUCUACAUGUUAGCGUUUGGAAAGCACAGUAUAUAAACGUGAGUGAGUGUAUGUAUGUAAUUAUAUGAACUGUUCGUUUUUCUAGAGGCAUGGACACAGGCAUAGCUGAU